AUGGCCGCGCCGCCGGUGGCCUUCGCCUGCGUGGACGGCACGGACGUCGCCAUCUGGCCGGCGUACGCGCCGAAGCACGGCCUCGUCAUGGCGUCGCUCGACGAGCCGCGCGUGCUGUGGUGGGCGCGGGACGGCGGCCUCGAGGGGGCGGGCGCCGUCGUCGCCGUCGCCGCCGAGGCCGAGGGCCGCAUCGCGGCGGCGACGGCGAACGGCGCGCUCUUCCUGCUGUCCGCGCGGAGCCGGCGCGACGCGUCGACGGGCCUCGGGUGGCGCGUCGACGCGGCGUCGCCGCCGGGCGCCGUCGACGCGCCGGCGCUCGCGCUGGGCCUCACCGUGAGCCGCGACGGCUGCGUGCUCGCCGCGGCGGCGCACGGCGGCGCGCCGACGCUCUGGCGCGCGCCGGGCGGCCGCGCGGCGCUCGAGGCCCGGGGCGCGCUCGAGCGCGAGGACCUCGUCGCGACCGCGUGCGCGCUGUCGUCGUCGGGCCUCGCGGCCGCGGCGGCCCUCGUGAGCCCCACGGGGGACCCGACGUCGCGGACCAUCGCCGUCUGGACGCGGCGGGGCGUCGACGCCUGGGCGCGCUGCGCCGCGGGCGCGAGCGCGGACGCGAUUCCGCCGACGGGCGCCGCGGGGAGCCUCGCGUGGCGCGACAGCGGCGGCCACGGCAAGGAGCUGCUCGUCGUCGCCUGCGCCGACGGCACGGCGGCCAUCUUCGCCCUGGCGGCGCCUCCGCCGCCGGCGAAGGGCGCGCACAAGGGCGACGCGAACGCCGUCCUCGAGCUCUGGGCGAGCGUCGCGCCGCCGCGGGGCUCCGCGUGGGCGCGCGGCGCCCUUGCCGGCGUCGGCUUCGCGAGCCCCGCGCGCCACCUCGACGCCGUCGGCGACCGGCCCUCGGACGCGCCACCGCCGCGGAAAGAGCCGAGCUCGCCGCCGCCGCCCGGCCCCGGCGCCGCCGCGCGGUCGCCGCCGGCCGCGCCCGAGGACCCGGCGCGCGGCGGCCGCGCCUGGCUGGCCGUCGCCUCCGCGAACGCAGGGGGCGUCGCCGUCGAGGUGCUCCACGUCGCGCCGGCGGAGCCCGCGGCCGUCGCGGCCGCCGCGGACGGCUUCGCCGCGGGCUCGCGCGCCGUCGUCGCCGCGGGCUUCGACGGCGACGACGCGGCGCCGGAGCGCUUCCGGAGCGCCCGCGCGCUCGUUUUUGGGUCCACCGCGUCCUCCGCCGUCGCCGUCGACUUUGGCACGGGCCCCGCGGAGCCGCGGCUCGCGCUCGGCGACGCGGCGCCGCCGGCGGGUUUGGUCGUCGCGCAUCCGCGCCACGCGCUCGCGGCCGUCUUCGACGAGGCCGGCGGCCGCGUCGUCGCCUUCGACGGCGCCUGGGACUCGCCGCCGGCCGAGGCGAGCCUGGACGACGACGCGCAGACCCUGAAAACGGCGGAGGAGGCCGCGGCGCGCGUCGCGGCGCACGCGCCCGCGGCGCUCGGGUCCUUCGCCGCGAAACAAGUCGCCGCGGCCGCCUUCCUCGACGACGACGACCACGCGGCGGCGCUCGCCAUGGUCUGCCGCGACGGCGGCGUCGUCGUGGCGACCGUGGGCCGCGGCGGCGACGCGCGCGCGGCGCGCGCCGGCGCCGGCUUCCCCGCGGCGGCCGCGGUCCUCGCGCUCGCGGCCGCGCGCGCGGACGCCUGCGGCGCGGGCGACGCGGGCCACGUGCUCGCGACGGCGGCCGUCGACGGCGACCGGCUCCUGCUGGACGCGCGGCUCGUCGCCGGCGGUUUGUGCGCGCCGCUCGCGGCGCGCGCCGUCGACGGCGCGGGAGCGGUGGCCGCGUGCGCGCGGCCGGGCAUCGUCGGCGGCGCGGCGGCGGCGCUGCUCGUGCUCGGCGGCCAGGGGUCCCUCGUCGUCUACGCCUGCUUCCGGCGCGCGAACGGCGCCUGGGCGUGGGCCGGCGACGACGGCGACGACGCGUCGCGGGUCGCCGCGGCCGCGGAGUCCGCGCGCGAAAAGCCCGCGCCACUCUUCGCGGCGGCCGCCGCCGCGCGCGACGCGGUCGCCGGCGGCGCGCCCCUCUUCCCCGCGGCGGCGCUGGCGGCGCUCCUGGACCCGGCGCGCGCGGAUCUCGCGGCGGAGGCGUGCGACGCGGCGCCGGGCCGCGUGGCGGGCGACCCGGGGGAAGCGGGCGCGGCGGCGCUCGCCGCGCUCCGCGCGGACCGCGUCGCCUGGUUCGCGCCCGCGCGCCUGCUGCGCGCCUGCGUCGAGGCCUGCGCCCAGGCCGCGGCGCGCCUCGCGGCGCGGCCCGGCGGCGCGGGCGACGCGCGCGGCCGGUCCGCGAGCCGGUCCGCGGCGCUCCUCUACGUCGCCGCGGGCCGCGCCAAGCCCACGCUCGCGUCCCUCGCGCGGUCCGAGGCGUCGCGGGGCAGCGGCGCGGGCGCGGCGGCGGCGGCGAAGCUCGGGAAGCUGCUGGCCUUCGACUUCGGGACGCCGCGGGGCCGGACGGCCGCGCGGAAGAACGCGUACGCGCUGCUCGCGAAGCACGACUACGCCAUGGCCGCCGCCUGCUUCCUGUUGGCGGAGCCGCCCUUUGUUUUGGACGCCGCGCGCGUCGCCCUGGACAAGCUGCGGGACCCGGACCUGGCGCUCGCGCUCGCGCGGCUAUCGGACGACCGGGCGGCGCCGGACGGUGGCGACGCGCUGCGCUGCGGGCGAUGGGCGCGCCGCGUGCUCCGCAAGCUCCUGCUGCCGGCCUUCCUGCGGGACGGGGACCACGCGCUCGCGGCGGCGGCGAUGGUCUGGCUCGGGCGCGUCCGCGGCGCGCGCGCGGCGCUCGUCGCGCUCGCGGACGAGAGCGCGCCGCUCGCGCCCGCGGCGCGCCGGCCGCGGGCCCUCGACCACUUCCGGCGCACGCACGCGGCCUUCGCGGCGCCGGCGCUCCUCGCGCGCCUCGGCGCGCGCGGCGCGCCGGCCGCGCGCCGCGCGGCGCUCGCCGCGGCGACGGCGGCCGCGCUCCGCGCGACGCCCGAGGCCGCGCUCCGCGUCCUCGCCGCCGACGACGGCGCGGGCGACGACGCGGAGCGCGUCUUCGUGGCGCGCGUCGAGGCGGCGAAACGGCCGGCCGCGGCGCCCGCGGCGCCGGCGCCCGCGGCCGCGCCGUCGAUGCUCGACGGCUUCGACGCCGCGCCGCAACAACGGAGAGCCCCGCCGUCGAUGCUCGACGGUUUCGACGCCGCGCCGCAACGGCCGCCGGCGGCCGCGCCGUCGAUGCUCGACGGUUUCGACGCCGCGCCGCAACGGCCGCCGGCGGCCGCGCCGUCGAUGCUCGACGGCUUCGACGCCGCGCCGCAACAACGGAGAGCCCCGCCGUCGAUGCUCGACGGUUUCGACGCCGCGCCGCAACGGCCGCCGGCGGCCGCGCCGUCGAUGCUCGACGGUUUCGACGCCGCGCCGCAACGGAGAGCCCCGCCGUCGAUGCUCGACGGUUUCGACGCCGCGCCGCAACGGCCGCCGGCGGCCGCGCCGUCGAUGCUCGACGGCUUUGAUGCCGCGCCGCAAAGGCCAAAGGCGCCGCCGUCGAUGCUCGACGGCUUCGACGCCGCGCCGCAACGGAGAGCCCCGCCGUCGAUGCUCGACGGUUUCGACGCCGCGCCGCAACAGAGAGCCCCGCCGUCGAUGCUCGACGGUUUCGACGCCGCGCCGCAACGACCACCGGCCCCGCCGUCGAUGCUCGACGGCUUCGACGCCGCGCCCCAGAGACGAGCCCCGCCGUCGAUGCUCGACGGCUUCGACGCCGCGCCGCCGGGGCGGGAGCCGCCGGCCGCGGAGGCGGCCGCGGCGGCCGCGGACGACGAGUCGGGCGAGUCGAGCGGCGACGAGUCCGACACGCCGCCGGACGGGAACGAGGUCCUGGCGCUCGAGCUGCUGACGGCGGCGGCGGCCCUGGGCGCGGCGGCGCGGCGCCUCGCGCGCGACGCCGCGCGCGCGGCGCGGUCCGCGGGCUGCCGCGGCGCGGACGCGGCGGCCGUCGCCGCGCUCGCCGCGGACGCGGCGGCCUUCUGCGACACCUUCGGCGUGCCGCGGCGCGCGCUCCGCGACGCGGCGCUCGCCGGCGUCCUCGGUCGGCGGCGGCCGCUGACGGCCGCGUGCUUCGUCGCGGCCGCGUGCGCGCGGGACGCGGGCGCCGCGCGCGCGGCCGCGCGCGGCUUCCUCGUCGGCGCGAGCCGCGGCGGCCUGCGCCACGCGCGCCUGCCAUCGGGCGCCGCGCCGCGGCGCGACGUCGGCGCGGACGCGGCGGACCUCGGCGAGGACCUGCGGGCCGCGGCCGCGCUGAGCUGCGGCGCGGCCGUCGGCGCUCCGGGCGGCGAGUGCGAGAUCGCGGUCGUCGAGGAGUCCGCGGCGGCCUUCGAGGACCGCGAGCGGCGCCGGGCGGCGGCGGUCGUGCCCGCGCACGCCCUCGAGGGCUUCGCGGACGCGUCGGCGCUGCGCCACGCCGCCGCGGCGUGCCGCUGCGCGGCGCUGUGCUGCGCGCCCGAGCGGCGCGCGACGGCGCUCGGCCUGCUCCUGCGGCACCCGCCGGCGCCGCGGCACAAGGUCGCGGCCCCCCCGCCCGCGCCGGCGACGCCGGCGAAGACGCCCAGGUGCGCGGCGAACGCGCUGACCAUCGCGCGGCGCUUCGGCGACGACGGCGGCUGGGACCGGCUCGAGGCGCUCGACCGCCGCGGCGCGGAGCGCGCGCUCGCCGGCGGCGCUUUGGGCGCCUUCGUGCUGCGGCCCCAGCAGCAGUCCGCGAAGCGCGGCGGCUCCGACGAGUCCGCGGCCAUCGCGAUCUCCUUCGUCGCCGCGGCGCCGGACGCGACGCCGCCGACUUCGCCCGCGCGCGCGGCGGCCGACGCCGCGCCCGCGACCUGCGUGCAGCACGCCAUCAUCCGCGUCUCCGCCGAGGGCGGCGGCCUGCGCUACACGUCGGGCAAGCUCGGCCCGCGGCCGUCGCUCCUCGCGAUGCUCGCGGAGAUCAGCGACCGCCUCGAGCCCCACGGCCUCGCGCUCGGCGCCGCGGCGGCGCCCGCGCCCGCGGCCGGCGGCCCGCGCGCCGGCGCGCCGUCGGACUGGCCCAACGCGUCCCUCGACGGCGCGCUGCCGCCGCGGAGCGACCUGCCGUCGUCGCUGCCGUCGAACCGGAGCCUGGCGAGCCGCGACCGCGCGGCGGCGGCCGACGACGGCUGGGCGCCGGGCCGCUGGUGGGCGGCGGCCGCGCGCGACGCCGCGGCCCUCGACGUCCUCGCCGCGGCGGCGCUGCUCCAGCAGCUCGGCGCGCUCUGCGCGCCCGCGGGGGCCGCGGCCGCGCCGCGCGCGCCGCGCCGCGCGGCCGCGGCCGCGCGCGUCUUCGACGCCGCGGGCGCGGGCGGCGCCGACUCGGCGGCCGAUGGCGCGCCGCCCUUCUGCGCCGCCCUCGAGCGCCGCGGCGUCGCCCUCACGCGGCGGCUCCUGAGCCAGCUCACGCCGGGGCUCCGCGACGCCGCGCGCGGCGGCCGCGGCCGCGGCGGCCCCGCGGAGGGCGACGGCGCCGGCGACGGCCACGUGCUCGCCCAGCUCCUGCACCCGCGGAGCGGCGUGACCCUGACGCCGCCGCGGCUGCCGACCUGGGGCGGCGCGGCGUCGCGGGGCACCUUGGUGAGCGCGUGCUUCUCGCCCGACGCGGCCGCGGCGUGGCUCGUGGACCACGCGCACGACGGCGACCGCGCCGCCGCUCUGGGCCGACUCGAGCACUGGCAGGACGCGCGCGUCGUCGCCGCCGUCGCGCCCGUGGGCGCCGGCGAGCCCGCGAGGAAGGACGACCGGGCCCGCGGCGCGUCGCCCAAGGCCGAGGCCGGCGGCGACCGCCAGCUGCGCUUCAUCGACGCCUGGGAGGUCGAGCCCAUCGACGACGACGACAUGGGCGCGUCGCUGCUGCGGACGUCGGCCCUGGGCCGCCGCUGGUACGCGCCCAUCUCCGCGGGGCUCCGGGGCGACGACGACGACGCGCCGCCGCGGCCGCCGGGCGGCGGCGGCGGCCUCAUCCUGCGCGAGGAGCGGCCCCUGGGCGCGGCGCUGCGGCGCGACGCCUGGGUCGCCGGCGCCGUCGCCGCGUCGCGGCCGCCCGCGAGCCGCCACGGCGACGACGAGCGCGACGACGCGUCGCUCGGCGCCGCGUGCCGCGCGUGGCCCCCGCCGCCGGCGGCGUCGGCGCGCGACGGCGAGGCCGCCGACGGCGCGAGCCCCUUCCGCUGCCGCCUGCGGCGCUACCUCCACCGCAACGCGUGGUACCGCCGCGCGGGCAUGGCGCACCGGUUCCUCGCGCUCGUGCAGGUCGACCUCGUCGCGCUGGAGAACCUCGAGGGCAGCCUCGGCGGCGGCGGCGACGCGCCGGGGGCGAAGCCCGUGGCCGCGGCGCCGCCCGACGCCCACGCGGUGCUGCGGCUCAAGCACGCGCGGCCGCCGGGCGGCGGGCCGAGCCCGCCGCUGUCGGAGCGGCUGCGGACGCGCGACUCGGCCGUCGCGCGCGCGCCGCCGCGGAGCGCCGCCGUCGGCGGCGGCGCGUCCUGGGGCGUCGGCGCCGCUUUUCGGUUUGCGCUGCCCGACGAGGUGCUCCCGCCCGAGGCGGCCGACGAGCCGCCGGCGGAGCGCGCGCGGUCGUCGACGGACCUCGCGUCGCCGCGCCGGCCGGGCGCGCCGCGGCUCCCGACGCGGGGGCCGCCCCAGGUCGUCCACGUCUGCGUCUACCAGCGCGUGUCGUCGCCCCUCGCGGCGCUCGGCCUCGCGCCGAACGAGUCCUACCUCGGCGACGUCGAGGUGCCGCUCUCCGCGCUCACGGACGACGAGCCCCUGGUCCAGUGGCUGCCCCUGCGCAGCCCGGGGGGCUCGGGCGCGUCCUGGUUCGUGCGCAUCCGCAUCAGCCUGCGCUUCCUCCUCGUGGCCAUGGCGCACGAUCCGGACGCGAAGCGGCCGCCGCCGCAGCAGACGCCGGAGCCCCGGACCCAGCGGCUCACGUCGUCCUUCUCGGACCUCGGCGACGCCAUCUCCGACGCCGCGAGCGAGGCCUAA